CAAGAUGGCGCCUUCUGGGAGCCAGGGACGUGAGCGGCGCGAGAGGAAGCGGAAGUGCGUCAGUGCCUCCACGUGCAGCCCGGGUGGCGCGGCGCCGCGCCGAGUGAACGCCCGGGCUUGACAGCGGCCGGGGGCGUCGGGAAGCGGAGCGCGUCUCGGGGAGAGACCGGGACGUCGCCGGCCGGCGCCAUGGGCAAGAAAGGCAAAGUCGGGAAGAGCCGGCGGGACAAGUUCUACCACCUGGCCAAGGAGACGGGUUACCGCUCCCGCUCGGCCUUCAAGCUGAUCCAGCUCAACCGCCGCUUUCAGUUCCUGCAGAAGGCCCGGGCCCUGCUGGACCUGUGCGCCGCGCCCGGCGGAUGGCUGCAGGUGGCUGCCAAGUUCAUGCCGGUGUCCAGCCUCAUCGUGGGGGUGGACCUGGCUCCUAUCAAGCCCCUGCCCAACGUGGUGACCCUCCAGGAGGACAUCACCACGGAGCGCUGCAGGCAGGCCCUGAGGAAGGAGCUGAAGACCUGGAAAGUUGACGUCGUGCUCAAUGACGGAGCCCCCAACGUCGGGGCUAGCUGGGUUCACGAUGCUUACUCUCAAGCCCACCUGACACUGAUGGCUCUGCGUUUGGCUUGUGACUUCCUGGCCCGUGGGGGUUGCUUCAUCACAAAGGUUUUCCGCUCCCGUGACUAUCAGCCCCUGCUGUGGAUUUUCCAGCAGCUCUUCCACCGAGUCCAGGCCACCAAGCCCCAGGCUUCUCGCCAUGAGUCUGCAGAGAUCUUUGUCGUCUGUCAGGGGUUUCUGGCACCUGACAAGGUUGACAGUAAGUUCUUUGACCCCAAAUUUGCCUUCAAGGAGGUUGAAGUUCAGGCCAAGACUGUCACCGAACUAGUGACUAAGAAGAAGCCAAAGGCUGAAGGCUAUGCAGAGGGUGACCUUACUCUUUACCACCGGACCUCAGUCACUGACUUCCUCCGAGCUGCCAACCCUGUUGACUUCCUUUCCAAAGCCAGUGAGAUCUCAAUAGAUGAUGAAGAAUUGGCACAGCACCCCGCUACGACUGAGGACAUCCGGGCAUGCUGUCAGGACAUCAAGGUGCUGGGCCGCAAGGAGCUGAGGUCCCUGCUGAACUGGAGAACAAAGCUUCGGCGCUACGUGACCAGGAAACUGAAAGAGCAGGCGAAGGCGCUGGACAUUAGCCUUAGCUCUGGGGAGGAAGAGGAAGGUGAGGAGGAAGAGACAGCAGCAGAAGCGACUUCUAAGGAAGAAGAGGAGGAGGAACAACUGAACCAGACCCUCGCAGAGAUGAAGGCUCAAGAGGUGGCGGAAUUAAAGAGAAAGAAAAAGAAGCUGCUGCGAGAGCAGAGAAAGCAGCGGGAGCGCGUGGAGUUGAAGAUGGAUCUGCCCGGGGUCUCCAUCGCAGACGAAGGGGAGACGGGCAUGUUCUCCCUGUCUGCCAUCCGAGGGCAGAAGUUGUUGGAAAAAGUAUCCCAAGGGGAUAUGAGCGCUGCAGACACACUCCUGUCCGAUCCGCCAAGAGACGACAUCUAUGUGUCAGAUGCUGAGGAUGACGACACAUCUCUGGAUAGUGACCUGGACCCAGAAGAGCUGGCAGGAGUCAGAGCACCUCAGGACCUAAAGCGCCAAAAGCAUGUACAAUUUAGAAGUAUGCAAAUGGAAGAGGAUAAAGUAGAGGAAGAGGAGGAAGAGGAAGAGAAUCCAUUGCUGGUGCCAUUGGGAGAGAAGGCAGUACUGCAGGAAGAGCAAGCCAGCCUGUGGUUCUCCAAGGAUGGCUUCAGUGGCAUUGAGGAUGAUGCAGAUGAGGCCCUGGAGAUCAGCCAGGCCCAGCUGCUGUACGAGAACCGUCGGAAGGGACAGUCGCAGUCACAGUUGCCGCCGUCACCGACGCCGUCCAGCUUAAAAACUAAACCUCCUUUGUGCCCAGAUGAGAUCCCCAAAGGACCAGGGGCCUCUUCAGGGUCAGAGGCUACCUCUGACCUGGGAGGAAAGGAGGACAGCAGUAGCUCAGACAGCGACAGCAGUAGCAGCCAGACCGAAGAGAGCUGGAAGCCCCAGCACAGCAAGAAGCGCAGUCGUGAGCCCAAGUCAGAUGAUGGGUUUGAGAUUGUGCCUAUUGAGGACCCAGUGAAGCGUCGGAUCCUGGACCCAGAAGGCCUUGCUCUAGGUGCCAUGAUUGCAUCUUCUAAAAAGGCCAAGAGAGACCUGAUAGACAAUUCCUUCAAUCGGUACACAUUCAAUGAGGACGAGGGGGAGCUUCCAGAGUGGUUUGUGCAGGAGGAAAAGCAGCACAGAAUAAGGCAGCUGCCUGUUGACAAAAAGGAAGUGGAGCAGUACCGCAAACGUUGGCGGGAAAUCAAUGCACGCCCCAUCAAGAAAGUGGCUGAGGCCAAAGCCAGAAAGAAGCGGAGGAUGCUGAAGAAGCUGGAGCAAACGAAGAAGAAGGCAGAAGCCGUAGUGAACACUGUGGAUAUCUCAGAGCGUGAGAAGGUGGCACAGCUUCGAAGUCUCUACAAGAAGGCUGGGCUAGGCAAGGAGAAGCGCCAAGUAACCUACGUUGUAGCCAAAAAAGGUGUGGGUCGUAAAGUGAGGCGGCCAGCUGGAGUCAGAGGUCAUUUCAAGGUGGUGGAUGGUAGGAUGAAGAAGGACCAAAGAGCACAGCAGCGAAAAGAGCAAAAGAAAAAGCGCAAGUGAACAGAGUGGCAAACACCUCUGAGACUGUAGGACUGGGAACAGCGUGGUACUGCCUACUUCAGCCCUUCCCUCGCCUGUACUCCAGGGGAGGUGGGCCAGCCAGAGCUGUCUUGAGUAGCGAGGACAUUCUCCUGUCUGUUGACAAGCUAGACCCUGUAACAUCCCUGAAGAAUGUGGGGUGUUUGUGGUUAGAGCCCUGCCUUUUGUUUGGUUUUCACCCACCCCCAAUGGGAGAACACUAUGGGGGGUGGGAUGGGUCAAGGAGAUGCCUUUAAAAAUUUCACUAGAGUGGUCCAGGAGGUGGCACAGUGGGUAAAAGCAUUAGACUCUCAAGUAUGAGGUCCCAAGUUCAAUUCCCGGAAGCACAUGUACCAGUGAUGUCUGGCUCUUUCUC